CACCCCUCGGCAGCAUCAUCCGCGGUGCGGGCUGGCGCACGCCUGCAGCCUCCAGCCUCCUCUCCCUCAGCAGCCGCUCGAACACGCCUCGCCGCGGCGAGGGAGGCCGGCGAGCGGAGCGGAGCGGUGGGCGCCGCGGCAGACAAAGGAAAGAUGGCAGGGAUCCUCGCCUGGUUCUGGAACGAGCGGUUCUGGCUGCCUCACAACGUCACCUGGGCGGACCUGCAGAGCACGGAGGAAGCCGCCUUCCCGCAGGCGGAGGACCUCUACCUCGCCUUCCCCCUGGCCUUCUGCAUCUUCAUGAUCCGGCUGCUCUUCGAAAGGUUCAUUGCCAAACCAUGUGCCUUAGGCCUUAAAGUCCAAGCCAAUGGACCGCAGAAAGCUCAACCUAAUGCUAUACUGGAAAAAGUUUUCACAGCUAUUACAAAGCAGCCAGAUGAGAAGAGGCUGGAGGGCCUCUCCAAGCAGCUGGACUGGGAUGUACGCAGCAUUCAACGUUGGUUUCGACAAAGACGCAACCAGGAAAAGCCUAGCACUCUUACGAAAUUCUGUGAGAGCAUGUGGAGAUUUACAUUUUACCUUUAUAUAUUUACCUAUGGAGUACGGUUCCUGAAAAAGGCACCCUGGCUCUGGAAUACCAGACAGUGCUGGAAUGGGUAUCCGUAUCAGCCACUGAUGCCUGAUCUUCAUUAUUACUACAUAGUUGAAUUGUCAUUCUACUGGUCCUUAAUGUUUUCUCAAUUCAUUGACAUCAAAAGAAAGGAUUUUGGCAUCAUGUUUACACAUCACAUUGUAACAGUCACCCUGAUAACCUUCUCAUAUGUAACCAAUUUGACACGAGUGGGAACCUUGACCUUAUGUCUCCACGAUGCGGCUGAUGUUGUUCUAGAGGCUGCCAAAAUGGCAAACUAUUGCAAGUGUCAAAAACUGAGUGACCUUCUGUUCCUUACAUUUGCCAUUGUCUUCAUUGUCAGUAGGCUCGGCAUAUAUCCAUUAUGGAUAUUAAACACAACAUUGUUUGAACUGUAUGAAGCUCUGGGCAAUUUUCCUGCCUUGUGGGUCUUCAACAUACUACUUGUGAUACUUCAAAUUCUGCACUGUUUUUGGUCUUACCUAAUCAUAAAGGCAGCCUACAAAGCUAUUGCAAAGGGCAAGGCUGGGAAGUGGAACCCCUUGCAUGUAGCAAAGGAUGACCGAAGUGACAUUGAGUCAAGCUCAGAUGAGGAGGAAACAGUACCGCGUUCAAAGGCCCCACACAGCAGCAUCAGCACUAAUGGGACCGGCGGUGCCAAUGGGACAAACGGGUAUCUUACUGGUGGCACUUGCUCAGAGGAGCAUUAA